UUGUCUGUUAGAAAUUCAAAUAGUAACAACAUUGUUCUGAAAUCCAUAAAUUUCAUCGUCAAAAUGAAGCAACUGCUCUUAAAUUUUAUUCUACACCAUUUUCUAAAUACAAAUACCAAUUCGCUUGUUGUGCUGAACUGUUGGAGUUUGCAAACUCAAUGUGACUUCUCAAAAAUGCUGAACGAGCACUCGUUUUAUUCACGUUUUGUAAACAUCGAAUCUAUUGAUAGUUCAAGCGACUUUGAGUAUCGUUACUUACUACAUAAUCGGCCUGGCUUGGGUGCAUAUCUUGAUAUGAAUUGCAAUAGUGCGGAGCAAGUAUUGAGUAUCCUUAAUCGUAGCCGUCUCUACAAUGAACACUACAAAUGGCUGCUGUACGAUCGUACAGCCGAUCUAAGCAAUUUCAAACGUCUUUUUGAUGAUGCUAAUAUUGGUGUGGAUGCAGAGCUUACUUACGCUAUCUUGGAGCCAACACUACUCGGCGUGGUUACCGACGUGAACAGGACCUUAUUUGUAAAAUACGAUGUAUACAAUAACGGGCACUAUUUAGGUGGUAAACUGAAUAUGACCAUUGAUUGUGAAGUUGAAUGCAAUAUGAAAACAUGUUAUAUUAAACGUUAUCUCUCUGAACUACAUACGCGCUCCAAGUAUGGUAAUCGAGUUAAGUUGCAUGAUAUAACAAUGCGUGUGUCUGUGGUGGUCACUAAAUUACCGUUGAGUUCACCCGUAACGGUGCUUACUGAUUUUCUCAAGUCUGAGAAUAAUUCGGAUGUUGAUCCGAUAACGCGUUUUGGAUUUAGAAUUUUGUUGAUUUAUAAAGAUUUAUUUGGUUGCAAAAUGCGUUAUACUUUCCGCUCUCACUGGGGCAUCAAUGAAACUUACGGUGGUGGUAUAGGUGACUUGGUUUCGGGUAAGGCCGACUUUUUAUCAACACCUUUUCUCAGCACGCCUGUGCGUCUUAAACACGUUUUACCACUUGUCGAAACUGGUGGCUUUAGUUCGAUCUGCCUCUUUCGUACACCGCGUAGUUCCAGCAUAAAAGGUGAAGCAUUUCUGCAACCUUUCGAUGGUUCAGUUUGGCUCGUAUUCAUUAUACUGUUGAUAGUGGUAGCAGUUCUUUUAUGGCGCAUCUUCGCUUUGGAGUUACGUAACUUUCGUGCUCAUUUACCGUAUAAACCCUCUUUGCUGGCGACCACACUAUUGGCUUUCGGCUCGGCUUGUUAUCAGGGUAGUAGUAUUGUACCGUUUUCGGCGGGUGGUCGUAUGGCCUAUUUUUCACUUUACUUUGCCACUUUCAUAAUAUAUAACUACUACACGUCGAUUUUGCUUUCAACAUUGCUUGGAACACCGCCGAAAUCAGAUAUUAAAACAUUGGGUCAGUUGGCUGAUAGUGCUUUGCCGGUUGGUUUGGAGCCCUUGCCCUACACCUAUGUAUAUUUGAAUGGCUCCCAGUUGCCCGAUGUGCGUCGCUUUGUGUAUCGCAAAAUUGAGUCGAGUAAAAAUCCGCAAAAAGUCUGGAUUCCUGUAGAAGAGGGCGUUUUACGCGUGCGUGAUGAACCAGGCUUUGUUUUCGUGCUUGAGACUUCGUAUGCUUACCCAUUUUUGGAACGAAAUUUCCUACCUCAUCAGAUUUGUGAUUUGAAUCAGGUUAAUUUUCGCCCGGAUAAAAGCCUCUUUACGCAGCUGCACAAGAACUCUUCAUACAAAGAACUAACGCGUGUGCGCGGCAUACGUAUGUUGGAGACGGGCGUUUUCCAUAAGCAUCGACAUUAUUGGGUUAGGAAUAAAUUGAAUUGCGUACCGACUAAUUAUCUAUUCGCAGUGGGUAUGGAAUAUGCGGCACCACUCUUUCUAAUGUUGGUUUUCUCUUACAUCAUAUGCCUGCUACUGUUGGGAGCGGAGUUACUCAUUAAACGCUUGAGUAAGAGUGUCAAAUGAGAUAAAUUUUUAAAUUUUCAAGACAAGCAACGAGUAUUGUGGAAUUUCUUUUAAUUUAAGAAAUGAGCAAAACCUGUGAAAGUAUUUAUAAUUGACUCACAGUGUUUGUAUGAAAAUGUAUAAAAAUCAAACUUGAAUAAAAGUAGAAGUUUUAGAACACAAUAUGUAUCUCGAUUGUAUGCGGAAACAACUCUGCAGUUUGAUCAGAUGCAUUUAUUUGAGAACUCCAAGC